CUGCCCGUGAAAGUGCCAGUCCCCGGAGCACCGGCCAGACCGACGCCUGCGCCGCGAAAGCUUUAUCCUUCGUGCCCGACCCUUAGCUCAAUAUCAUACAAAAACCGGAAAAUAUAAUUCAACAUUUUAUAUAAAACUGUCAAGAAAACUAUCAAUCAGCAACAUUUGAUGUGAAAGCGUAUAUUGUUCAAGCUAUUCAUGAGUUAGUCCAUGCAGAUAUAGGUCGCCCGGUUUGAUUCUGGCAGUGGGAUAUUUUUAUUGUGCGGUGCAGACGAAAGAGUGCCACGACCACGUUGCUAGUUAAAUGUUAUUGCCUAACUAUUAACCACAAAAUUCAUUCCAUAAACUCUAUAGAUUACUGAAGUAAGUUCUAACUUCUAACACGACUCCGGGGUAUAUACCUAGGUGCAUAAAAGGGAGGUAUGCAUUGAAGUGAAAUGAUUCAGUCAGUGGCAUUUAUGUGAAAUUGUUGACAUUUGUAAAGUGCAUUUGAAGGGAGUGUAGAAAGUGUGCAGCAAAAAUGCAUCAUUUAUAUCCGAUGGCGAAGGGUGACCCGAUGUGCCCUUUGGGUUUCCACCCGCAAGUGCGGUGGCCGACUCGCUGCAAGCGGUGUUUCAGAGAUUACAAGGAACACGGUGGACGGAAAAGGGACGAUGAUUUCACUGCAUCCACACCAAGUCUCUCUACCUGGAACUCGCCAACAUCACGAAGUCGUGAUGAAGAGAAUGGCGCAGACGGUGAGAGGACAAGCCGCGGCUGGUCUUCAAGCGUUAACCUCAGCUACAACGAACCUGCCAAAAAAGACUCUUCGUCAGGGUCUAAUAAAUCCACGGCGUGGACGUCGACCCCUGACUUGGCAAACGAAUCAGAGACCGCGACUGCGGUCACGGUUAACCUUAAAUUACCGAAGAGGCGGUCUACCGGUCCACUGCCUUCACUGGACACCGGUCAAACUAACAAUGCUACACAUAUAUAUGAAUCCGUAACAGUUCGUCGGCCAUCAGCGUCGCCGCCACCGACCACCGCACAGAUCACUAUCAAUAAGAAUGACUCACUUGCGGAACGUGUUAGAAAGAUGCAGUUAAUGAAGGCCCAAAGCAGUUUUGAAAAAGAAUCAAGUCUAGAAAAGGAACGUGAAAGAAGAAGUCUAUCUCGAAGUAAAGAAGAAGAAAAACCUAAAGCCAAAGAAGAAAAACCUAAAACCAAAGAAGAGAAACCUAAAACGAAAGAAGAAAAAUCAACUAUUAAAGAUGAUGUCAAUUUUAUGAUGCAGGUCAAAAGCAGCCGUAGUCCAGCACGUUCAAAACCUCCAAUACGUGGUGGGCCAACACGUGAUAAAGAAGAAACGUCAGAUGACGAACAUAGUCUCGCAGGCACCACCACCACGGACACGGAGACAACACUUAUUGAUGGAAAUGCUAAAGAGAUGCAGGAACAAAUCGAGAGUUUAAAAUCAGAAGUUGAUUUACUCAAAAAACGCUGUGAACGAGUUGAAAAGGAGAAAAGCGAUAUUCUAUUGAGGAGAUUAGCAAAUAUCGACACUGUUAACAAAUACUCAAUAGGUCGAUCUUCUGAAGUACUAAAACUACAACAGAAAGUCAAUGAUCUUACUACACAGAAUGAAGAUUUGAAGGAUGAAAAGAAACAUCUUUCACUCAGGAUUAAAGAAGUUGAGGCUGAACUCGAGUCUCGGCCAUCUGUUGAAGCUCAAACGCGACAGAUCGAACAGUUAAGAGCGAAACUGCUUGCUGCUGAAACGUUAUGUGAAGAACUUAUGGAUGAAAACGAGGAUAUGAAAAAAGAGCUCCGGGAUCUUGAGGAAGAAAUAGAAGAAAUGCAGGAUACUUUCAGAGAGGAUCAAGCAGACGAGUACUCAUCUCUCAGACGGGAAUUAGAACAAACAAUUAAGAAUUGCCGAGUAUUAUCGUUCAAGUUAAAGAAAACUGAGAGGAGAAAUGAACAGUUGGAGCAAGAAAAAGCAGACCAAGAAAAGAAACUUUUAGAGAUAGUUGGUGGUAAGGAUGGCAUGGAACGCGAAAACCGUAUAAAAGAGCUAGAGCAAGAAGUGGCCCGAUCCAACGAAGUUUCUCUGCGGCUUCAACGGGACCUGGCGGAGGCCAACACCAAGCUUGCCGCCGCUACCGGGGCCCCACCAGCCAAUCUCAAGAAACAGCCACCAACAGACGGCAAAAAAGUAUCUCGCUCCUCGCUUACACGUGGAGGUAGUCAAGAGGAUCCCGCGCAAUUACUACGCGAUCUGCAAGAUUCGUUGGAAAGGGAAGCUGAUUUACGCGAACAGUUACGCAAUGCGGAAGAAGAGGCAAAUAACUUGCGUAAAACAGCAUCAAGAGUUGAGGACGACAAUGAGUCCUUGCUACUACAGCUGAAGAAAAUGGCUACCAAAGCCAGAAGUCGUAAACUAUCACCAACUGCUCCAAAUAACAGGCUUUCAAUUGAAGCACCAAAUGAAAAAGACGAAGGUAUAUCUGAUGAAGAGGAUCCUGCUGAACUGCGUCUUCUACUUGAAUUAAACGAACAGGAAGCUGCAGUGUUACGCAAAAAAGUAGAAGAUUUAGAACAAGACAAAGAAACUUUAAAAAAACAAGUGAAAGAUCUCACAGAAAAAGUUUCAAAUGCAGCCACCAAACCCAAUGCAAACACAGCUUUGCGCCGAAUCACUAAUAAAAGCGGUAAUUUAGCAGAAGAAAAAGUAAAGGUCCUCGAAGAUGAAAUAGACGAACUUAGAAAGAAACUAAUAGAGAAAGAAAGAGACUGUGAAAGAUUACAUGCAGAAUUAAGUCUAGCCCAUAAAAAGCCAAAAGGAUCAUUAAUGAAGAGCAAGUCGUUAGAUGGGGAUCAGCAGAACGUAGAUUUAAAACGACAAUUACAAGUUAUAGAACAAGAAGCUAGUGUUUUGAGAACGAAAACACAAAGCCUCGAAGCAGAUAAUGAAAAAUUACAAGCAGAAAAUAAACGUUUACAGUUGCUCAAAGGUGCUAAGACAUUAAAGACCGAUAAAUCAUUAGAAACAUCAACUCUCAAAGUUACUCAACUAGAAAAGGAAUUAAAAGAAGCUUUAACUAAAAUAAAGGAAUUAGAAACUAAUAAAGACGACAAGGGAGAAAAGAAAGUUAGAUUUAGUAGUGAAAUAUCAAAGAAAGAAGCAGACAGUUUGAAGCUGAAACAAGAAGAAUUAGAUAAAUUAAAAUUAAAUUAUAGCAAACUCGAAAAAGAGAAAACUAAACUUCAGACAUCACUAAAAGAACUGAAAGACGAUGCUAUGAAAUCAUUCAAGGCCAGGACGCCGAAGAAGAUCACAGACUUAACAACUAAAUUACAAAUGAAAAAGAUGGUGGAAGAUUUGGAAAAUGAAAUUGGUGAACUAUACGUUGUAAUGAAAAAUGCUGGUCUUUCGUCUGCGGAUGUUAAUAUGAAAGCACAAAUGACCAAAGAUAUUGAGGAUAUUAAGACGAAAUUAUCAAAGAAGGAAUCCGAAUUUACAAAUGAAAAAAAUCGUUUGCAAACCGAGAUUGGAAAAUUAAAAGACCUAAAUACUAAUAUUGAAACUGAAAAUAAAUCACUACAAGAGAAAGCUAAAGCUCUUGAAAGUGAAAACAAUAAUACUCUGUCUGAAAAUAAGAAAUUAAAAGAGGAAAUAAAAAAACUAGAAUCCCAAAUUGAUAACUUAAACACUAAUUUGAAGAAAACCGAUUCUCAAAGUGCUACGCUUACAGAAUGUAAAAAGAAAAUCGAAGAACUUAAAAAGGAAUUAGAGAACAAAGAUAAAGAAGUUGAAAAGUUAAAAAAGCAAGCUGAAGCCCUUUCAAGUUUAGAGCAAGACAAAAAUAAAUUGCUUAAAGAGGUCGGGGACAAAACAAAAAAGAUAGGUGAGUUGGAAAAAAAAAUAAAGGACACUGAAGAUAAAUAUAAGCGAACAGAGAAACUGUUAGCAUCUCGAAAGGAUCGUCUGUCUAAAUUAGAGAAAGAGCUCUCUGAAGAAAAAGGCAACGUUGAAGCGUUGAGUGAUGCUAAGCGACGAAUGUCUUUUGAAUUAUCAAGCGAAAAGGAAGAAAUACAAUCAAAAUUAUUCAAGUCUGAAAACAAGUUUAAAACCUUAGAAACAGAUAUGAAGAAACUAAAAGCUGAUUACGAGAGUAAAAUAACUAAUUUAGAAUCAACAAUAGCUGCCAAAGACAUUCAUAUAAAACAACUGGAAGAUGCUUUACGCGACACAUCUAACCAAAAAUACGAUGAAGCAAUAUCAUCUGUAGAAUUGGCUCAGAUUCAAGAGAAAUAUGACAGUACAGCAAAACAACUACAAGAGAAACAAGAAGAGUUAGCUUCGACUAAACAGGAACUAAGCAAAAUAGAAAAGGAGUUAUCAGCUUCGAAAAAUGAAUUAUCGCAACUCAAUUCCACUAUUAAUAAAGCUGAAAUGACUAAGAAAGAACUCGAAGAAAAAUUAAAAGCAGAACAGAAGGAAACCAAAUAUUGGGAAAGCAAAACAUCCGAAAUUGAAACCGAUUUACAGGCGGAAAGAAAGAAGCUAGAGCGCAUGCGUACAUCUCACGAUAAGGACACUAAAAAUAAAGAAGCAGAGUUAGCAACUUUAAAAGGAAAAUUAAAAAUUCUCGAGCAAACCUCAGGAGCUGGUGCUAAGAGAAUCGCAGAACUUAAACAGGAAUACGAGGACACAAUCAAAAAACUGGAACACAAAAUAGCUAUGGAAAAGGCUGAGUACGAAGAAUUAACUGGUAAAUAUGAACUUUUAGAAGAAGAACAUGUAGUUACAAAAGCUAGACUAACUGUUGAGAAAGAACAAGCACAAGGCGACUUAAUACACGCCCAAAAAGAACUGAAUACAACACUUACGGAGCUUAAAACACUUCAAGAGAAUUAUGAUACACAAUCUUCUGCUUGGCUUAGUGAAAAAGCAACCUUACAGAAAGAAAUAUCAUCUUUACAAGAUCGUCUAUGUGGAGGCGGUUGGGAAGUUGAGAAGUCACGGUUAAACACAAAAUUAGAGCAACGUGAGAAGGAAUUACGAGAUGCAAUAGAAAAGCAUGAAGUUUUGUCACAUCAUCACGAGAUUGCUAAAAAAGAGUUGGAUGAAGCCAAACGAAAACUAGAAGACUAUGAAAAAGUAAGCAAGGUUCAAAGGACUCUUACUGCAGAUAAUGCAGAACUUGAACGAGAACUUAACACAUUAAAUACUCGGUUAGAACAAAUGGAAAAGGCUAGAAAGAACGAAAUUUCAGAAACUAAAAUGAGAUACGAAGGCCAAAUGAACUCAAUGCGGGAUGAGUUGAAGUCCUUACAUAAUCAAGUGUCUAGAUUUAAACGAGAACGUGAUAAUUACAAACAAAUGCUUGAAUCAGCUCAGCAGACUCUGACCGAUAUGAAAAAUGGCAACAAGACAAGACCUCCAAGAGCCUCUAUAUCGAGUACAGAUGAUGAGGAAUAUCGCAACAAGGUAGCGACAUUAGAGCAACAAGUAGCAUGUUUAGAAGAUGAACUAUGUGAAGCAAGACUGUUGUCUUCUAAACUUAACACUGAACUUGUCAGUGAACGAUCAUCGGCUGAAGUUCGGUUAGCAGAAAUGCAGUCACGCAUUAAUGAGUACGAGGAAGACCGUCUUUUAUCAUCAGGAAGAGCCCGUGUCUCUGGGCUCGCUACUCGUAUGGAACUCGCGUGGCACAAAGAGAGAGAUGAACAACAACGAUUGCUGCAGGAAACUUCCACACUCGCCAGGGAUCUGAGACAGACUUUGUUUGAGUUGGAACGAGAGAGAGAAAAAGAGAGACUCGACAUGAAGAGGCGUAUCGAUCAAAUAAAACGAACUACGGAAGAAGAAACUGAAGAAGCUAAGAAGAAGGUGUCAGAAUUACAGUGCGAUCUAUUAGAAUUACGUGACGCCCACGCGAAGCUUCGUACAGCAAAUGAGAAAUUGAGGAGAGAUAAGGAGCGACACGAUCGCGACCGAGAUCAAAAUAAAUUACUCGUCGGAUCACUCAAACGGGCUCAACAGGAGGACGACCGCGUAAUAACUCAGUUAUUAGAAACAAUAGACGAUCUUAUAAAACAGAGUCCUGAAUUAUUCCGCAAUGAAACACCAAUUAAACCUGAGAAGAGCCUCGCGACACCAACUCCUCCUAGACGAAAUAGAUCAUCAAAGUCCCGUUCCCGUUCGGCGACGCCCGAGCACUCGACCGCAGAGCUCGUACCGACGGGCACGCGCUUGUUGCGGCUCGCGGACGAACUGCGCGCUUCACGCAUCGCGGAGAGACAGAGACGACAACUCACUAAUGCUAGACGUGCAAUGUCUACUGAGCCUCGUGACACCAUGACAGUAUCAUCGACUUCGAGGGCUCCAUCACGAGUACCUUCCCUCAAGAAGCGAUCCAUCUCACUUGAGCAAACCACUAAGGAUCAGUCAUCAAUUUGGAAAACGGUUGACGACAGCAGUGUAUCUUCAAUGCAAUCGCUAGACGGUGACGACAGACUAUACACAAUGCAACGGGAUACUAGUCUAGACAGUCGUUUAUCUGGAGGUUCAGCCCAGAGUGAAGUGUUGCCAUCUGAGAAGAAAAAGAAGAAGAGUUUAUUUGGCAAGUUAAAGAAACUGACCAAAUCACGAUCCAUCGAUGACCACGUCGACAGCGAAGCGGUUGAUUUUAGACCCAUUGGGAAUGUAUCGCAGCAAGGUUCAGAUUCAGAUAUGAGCGCAACGGGGAGCAAGCAAAAUUUACGUGGAAGAAUAUCGGACAUGUUCAGUAGAAAGGGGCAGUUAUCGCGUGGAAAUAGCAAAGAGCAAAGCCCUGACACGGGCUCUACGAGUGGUUCCCGGUCCAUACUACGGAACGCUAGCUCGUCUACACUGCCACGUAGUGCUACUCUAAAUACGACUGAAAGUCAAAGUUCAAGAGCUGCGAGCACCACGCCCGGAACCAAAAGGAAAGGGAAAUAAGCAGACAAUUUUGUUUAUCUUCAUUAUAUUAUAUCCACCCUCCUUUAAUUAUUCCAAAUAGCUUGUAAUAUCACAAUACAUAUCAACGAUAGAACUACCGGCGAAAUAUCUGUCUAUUUUACAAUGUAUCUUAAAUGCCAAAUGGUCUACUGAAUCUAUCAAUUUUAAUCCAAUUAUUACGCCACAAAUGUUUGCAACCCCCAGUUUUUGUGUAUUUACCUUUUUAAAAAAUAAACGUUGAUUAACAUAAA